AUGUGCAGAGCACGGGCCUUUAUGUCUCUCCUUCUCCUAGGAUUGAAACUCCCUCAGGCAAAAGGCAACUGUGGGUUUGUUGAGUCUGAAAAACUCUGUGUCUGUUCACUGCUCGAGGUGUCAGAGAUGCAAAAAUUUUUUGAAUGCUUGCAAGCCACCACAUAUGAACUUCGAGGUGGAAACCUGGAACAAUUUGCUGCCUUUUAUGAAAUCACGCCAUCUUCGUACCUUAUUGAUAUUCUCCAGGUCCUUCAAGUCAGAAAGCUCAUCUUUACAGACCUCAUUGUGCCGGAAGUUCUCUUGCCAGGAGCCCUGGAAUUUGCUUCCCAUCCUCUUCUGCUUUCAGAAAUUGAAUUUGUGAACUGCACUUUCCUUAGAACGGCCAGCCAGCACUACACAGGUAGGCCAACCCCACUGAGGGUUUCCUCUCUGCGUUUCCACAGAGUGACUGCAGAUUCCCUGGCUGACAGGUGCAAUGAUCUGACCAGCCUGACAAGGUGGCUGGAGACCCUGGAGAACCUGACGCUUACUGAAUCACAAGUCACCUCCAUCCCAUGCAAAAUUGGCCAGGUGUUCACGGGAUUGCUCUUCCUUGAUGUUUCAGGAAACUAUUUCCAGGAUGAGAGCAUCAAGUCCUCCUUCUGCCAGGGAGCUUUCCCAGAACUCCAUGUAUUAAAACUCCACCACAACCGACUGACCUCUUACGAUGCUGUGUGUGAGACAGUUGGCCCCCUCAACAUGCUGACUCACUUAGACCUCAGUCAGAAUGAUUUCCCACCUGGAUUCUCCUCCUCCUCCCAGUGCACGUGGCCUCAGUCCCUUCAUGUAUUCAACUUGUCCAGCACAGGUUUGGAACAUGUGGAGUGGUCUCUUCCACCCAACCUGGAGACAUUAGAUCUGAGCGCCAACAGUAUCUUUACCCUUGACCUCUCACUUCCCACCUUGAAAAAACUCUACCUGUCCAACAACAGGCUGCAGGCAGUCCCCUCGCUCAAGAAUCUCCCUCGUCUGGAAGUCCUCAGUGUCGAUCAAAACCACAUCUCACAUCUGCCUAGCCGGAGCUUGCUGCAACUGAAGCACCUGCAGAUCUUAAAAGCCGGUCACAAUCUCUAUAACUGUUCUUGUCCUUAUACCCGGGAACUCCAGGACUUGGCCAGCAAGCUGUCUUUACUGGCCAACUGGCCUCAUGACUAUACGUGCCAAUACCCUUCUCAUUCCCAGGACUCCCUGGUUAAAGAUACGUCUUCUUCAAUGCUGCAGUGCAGCCAAGCUCUGGUCACUCAUGCCUCCGUGGUCAUCUUGCUGUCCAGCCUUCACCUGGUUCUUUGCUUGUUUCUAGUUUGA